GUAGUUUUCCUCUUCUAAGAUGGCUGUAGGUCACGGACUGUCAUUUCCUGUAGCAAGAUGGCGGCUAGUAAAACCGGAAUUACCCCAAUACCAAGAUGGCGGAUCUAAGUGGCUCUCCAGUUGUGUUUGUGGUGUGUGGAAUUCCUCGUUCGUUCCGCUCAGCUCAGCUUCGCCACUACUUCAGUCAGUUUACAGAAAGCGAUGGGUUUGUGUGUUUUCACUUUAGGCACCGCCCAGAGCGGCGGGGAGAGAGCUCGGCUACUUGCUGUUGUCCGGUUACCGUCAAACCGGAGCGUGCCCAGAGUUUUCUGCAAAUGUACAAUAUGAAGCCCUGGCUGGAAAAGGAUGGGAAUCAAAUUCCAGGGACAUGCUUGGUUCGCAAAGUACGCGUUGGCCCGAUGGAAGACACUAGGGACUUCCCCUACAAAAAACGUAAAGAGCUACUUGUAGCUCGUGAGCCAGGAGAAAAAGAAGAACAACUUGUGACUGCUGCAGAACUAAACAGGAUGUCUGAGAUGAAUCCUCCUGCAAUGAUGCCUCAGGGGAAUGUGGGUACACCACUCAAAGUCUUCCUGCAACUGAUCCGUUCCUGUCGACUUCCUCCUAAGGUCAUCACCAAGUUGGGAUUGUGUUUUCCUAGCAAUGGCAGACAUUAUGCCAAGGUUCCCUUCAGCUAUUUAGGAACAGAGACAAUAGAGUGCCAAGGAGGAGUUUAUACUGCCAGUGGACAGGAAAUUACUGAAUGUGUCAUCGGCAAAGAAAGUGAGAAAAGACCUGGAAAGGAACAGGAGGAGCUGUCCCAUUCAGAUGAUGAUAAUGACACCUGUGAGGAAUGGGAACGGCAUGAAGCUUUGCAUGAAGACGUAACCACACAAGAUCGCAUUAAAGAACGUCUAUAUGAAGAGCAUAUUGAACUGAAGUGGGAAAAAGGUGGUUCUGGUCUUGUGUUUUAUACUGAUGCCCAGGUGUGGCAGGGACAGGAAGGAGAUUUUGAUGAGCAGACUGCUGAUGAUUGGGAUGUAGAUAUGAGUGCCUAUUAUGAGGCAGACGGUGGAGAUAAAGAUGCCAGGGACUCUCUGAAGAUGCGUCUCGAGGCUAGGAGGCGUGAUGGCUUGGGGACUGCAGAUGCGGAGUACAGUGUUGGAGGAUUUGAAAAGCAUACCAAGGGCUUUGGACGCAAGGUAAUGAAGCGUCAAGGUUGGACAGAGGGCAGUGGACUUGGAGCUAAUGGAGUAGGGAUGCCAGAAGCCUUAGAAAAUGAGGGACAAAACCCUAAAUGCAAGAGAGGCCUGGGUUACCAUGGCGAAAAGUUGCAAACAUUUGGUCCACCAAAGAAGAAACAAACACACUUUAUCUCCACGGUAUAUGACCAGCCACGUGAUGAAGAUAUGGGGGACACACUGUUAAGACGACAACCUCACACUGCAAUGAAAUACAGGGAGGGUAAAAGAUAGAAACCAACACCUUGCCUGAGCUUACAGCUGGAAGUGCACAACAAACAUCUAUGCAACUUAACAUAAACCUGUAUAAUGUGGUGGUGCUUUGGACUCAACGAAGGAAUUACUGGAAGCAAUUAUUACACUUUUUUAAAAAAUCUGUUCUAUCCUACCAAUACUUUGUAUUGUUUUGUUUUUUUUAAUAACCAGUUUACAAGUGCUGCUAUGUUGUUUUUAAUUUUUGACUGUAAUUUUCUAUAAACAAAUAUUUAUUGUGAAUCUUGAAA